AUGUCAACUCCAAACCCCAUCCCCCUCCUAACCCUGGAAACCUUCGCCAAAGCGACGCUGCACCUGGCGCACGCAACCCUAACCCGCCACCCCCAAAUCGAAGGCGACGACCAUAUGAUCUUCACCAUCAGCGAAUCCCCAGGCCACCUGUUACGCGUGACAAAACCGCGCCAAGACCGGCCCUUAAUACUGGGCACGCAUAUGCAAAGGUUCGAUAUCGCGGUGCGCGAACUCAUCGCGGAUGAAUACGUGGCGCGUGGGUUGUCUGGGGAUAUUAUACCAAAGUCUCUUGGGCAUGAGGUUCUCACGGGAGAUGGGGUUCAUGCUGUUUCCAUGGAGACGAGGUUGGAGGGAGUUGGCCUGCAUCGGGGUGGUUUGACCGGCCUGACUGAGAGGACGGUUCAGGGGUUUGUGGAGAUGAUGAGUGUUCUGAAGGGGGUUGAUAUUGGGGGGCUAGAGGGGAGGUUGAAGGGGUUGGGGGUGGUUGGGUUUGAGGUUCCAUUUAUUCCGUGGCCGGAGAUUCGGGGGAUGCGGGAGAGGGCGGUUGUUGCGUGGAGGAGGCUGGUUAAUAGGGGGCAGAUUGUGGGGGGUGAUUAUAAGGUCGAGGAUGGUGAUGAUUUUGAGGGGUUGGGUGAGAGGAAGAUGGCAUUUAUAGGACGGGUGAGGGAUAUGGAUGAGACAUCACGGCGGGUGCUCAUUCAUAAUGAUAUUAAGGGAGAGCAUAUCCUGGUGGAUUCCGAUGGUCGGAUUACUGGCCUCCUGGAUUGGGCAGAUGCCGGCGUUGGUUAUCCGGCGACUGAUAUCGCAGGCUUAGUGUUGACUGUUGGGCCGCGGCUGGCUGUCAGGAUUGCGCGCGAGGUUGGAUAUGUAGAGGAUGAGAUUCUUCAGGGACUGAUGCAGGCUCGGUGUGAGUGUGUUUUGAGGUUGGAUGACCGAUUGAAUGGGGAUGACGAAUUGACUCCGAUUGAUCUGUUGAAGGGCCAGCUCGUUUUGUCAAUGGAAGAUUGUGAACUUGUUGAUUGUUUUGAAUUCUAG